GAGUCCUGGAACCAAAGUUACCUUGUCUGGUAUCUAUGAUUUUAUCAUGAAGAAGUUCCCUUACUACAGAUCCAAUCAAAGAGCGUGGCAGAACUCCAUCCGACACAAUCUGUCACUUAACAGCUGCUUUGUAAAGGUUCCCAGAACAGAGGGCAACGAGAAAGGGAAAGGAAACUACUGGACGUUUGCAACAGGCUGUGAAUCCAUGCUGGAUCUCUUUGAAAACGGGAACUACAGGAGAAGAAGGAGGAGGCGCAAUAUGAAAUCAGGUUACAGAGACGAGACAGAUCAGAGUGAAGGGUCCUCAUCCCCUGAGCUGCCCUCUGCACUCGGGGUCUUCAACGACAACCACCUGGGGACUGAGUCAAGGCAGCAGGAAUCAGACACUUUCUAUCCCAGUGACACCGGCCAUCAGCAGGUUCAGGUGAACUCCAGUCUGCCAAAACCUGACUCCGAAAUCAAGUUCAGCAUUGAUUACAUCCUGUCAGCCCCGGACCCAGUGCCAGGACUGAGACCCCACUUCAGUGGGAUGGUUAGCAAAGUUCACUGACUGGAGCCACGGCACAUCAACCUGCAUUUCUGGACAAUGUGAAACUAGAGCCCUGCCUUAAGGGGAAAAGGGUUGGCAAUGAGGCAUUGUAAUACACCUAUAGGCAUUAUCAGCCCCAUCUUUCCAAAUAGUAGCACUGCAGUUUUUAGUUUCUGUACUGAUGUGAGAUUUGAUUCUUUAACCCCUGAACCUCUCUCAACACAGCUAUCUGUCCAGAACCAUUCAAAACCAAUAAAAUGUCAGGAUAGCAACUGUGGACCUACCUCUCUCCUGGUGUUGCACAGAUCCACACUGUAAAUUGUUUUUAAAGGGAUCUGUCUCGUGCACAGGAACAGGGAAUUCCUCCGAGGAUUUGGAAAAAAACACCUCAGUGGAAAAAGUGGUAACUGGUACAAAUAUAACAAUUGUAAUAAACAUCACUCUGUAAUGAUCAUUUACCAUGUACAGGACCAUGUGAAUCGUAGGACGCCGGACUGGUCAGCUCUAUCUAAUCACUUAAUACAAAAUUCUCUAAAUUUGAAGAACUAUGUUGCUAAAACAAAAAAAACUAAAAAACUUUUUAAAAAAAUGAUUAGACACAGAAAAGUGCUUUACUUCAGUUUUAACAUGUUAUUUUUAAAAUUAUUUUUACAUUUUUUAUU